ACCGGUGCUCAGGAAAGUCCAGAGUAAAUCCAAGGCCCUGCUGGGAAGCAGGGAGGUAUCUGGCACAGAAGGAAGGCUUUCUAUAAAGGGGGGCCAGCCGGCAUAAGGCCGAGGCCAGCGGAUGCGCUGGGAGGCAGCCAACUCCGCGGGAAGGAAAGUUCCUCUACCGACCCCGAGUCUGGUGAAAAGCGGACGCCAUUCUGUAAGGUGAAUCUGCUACCGGGAGGCAAGAAAAUUCAGGGGGCCCGAAAACCCAGCGCUGUGUCGUCGGCCGACGUUUGUUUGUCCGUGUGUUUGUCUUUGGCUCUCCGUGUUUUUGUGUGUGCCGGCAUUGUCUCUAGUCUCGUUCUCUUCUGGUGCAUCGUUCUUUCUCACUUCUGACUUUUUCUCCUUCUCUUCUUCUCUGAUCUGCCCUCAACUCCUUUUCUUUUCGGGAGUUUCAGUGAACAGGCGAAUGGUUGUGGGGGCAUUUGAUGAGUCCUGGCCAGGGCUACACUCUGGCGGACUCUGAAGGCCCUACAAUAAGUAAGCCUCAGUAACUAGAGCCCGACCGGGUGAAACUCUCCUUUAACAUCCCUAACUGAGGACGUGGCCUAAAAUUCUUCUUGUGGGCACGGGUCAGGCACUUAAAGGCCAUUAGGGCACCUGCCACUUGAAGACUCCCGUGAGAGGAUAAGGGGGUCACGGAACGGACUAGAAACCCCUAGGGUGCCCGCCCCCAGCAAGAAAACUUCCGUGCAACGACGCCGGCACAUAAACAGUUCCAAAAGCAUACCAUAAGCCCAACCUCUUGGCCGCCACCACUCCCGGUAGGAUUUUUGGUGGUCGUUCUCAGUGACUUCCUCUCUCUCUUCCUUGCCGUUUAUUCUUUGACCAUGGGGCAGGGAGAAUCUACCCCACUUUCUCUCAUGACUGACCAUUUUUCGGAUGUCAGGGCCAGGGCCCAUAACUUGUCUUUGCUAGUCAAGAAAAGUAAAUUAAUAACUUUUUGUUCUGCAGAGUGGCCCGCCUUUCAGGUUGGAUGGCCUCCGGAAGGCACCUUUCAACCGUCCAUCAUACAGGCUGUGAAGGAGAAGAUUAUGGCUCCUGAUCCCUGGGGCCAUCCGAGUCAGGUCCCCUAUGUCAUGGUCUGGCAGGAUCUAGUGGAAAAUCCGCCUAAAUGGUUAAAACCUUUUGUUCACAAACUUCCUAGUUCCUCCAAUUCACAGGUCCUGGUGAUGGAGACCCCCCGGAGGAAACCAAAAAGAAAGAGGACCCAAAACCAGUCCUUCAGGAAUCAUCUUAUCCAAACCUGAUAGAUCUAGAAACGGAGAUAAGGCCUCUGCCAUAUGUGCCCUCCUUGCAAUCCCCUCCGAGGAGAGAAGCUCCCACAGGUGAACCGAGAGGAUUAAGAGGGCCAACGGGAACCGACCGUGAGGGGGGGCUGGCAUUGGGGACCCGGGGGAAAACUAAGGGAGAUAGGGGUAAGCAAGACCCUGGGGCCCCAGAGUUACCUUCAUCCACUGUUCAGGCGCUCCCCGUCCGAGUGGGACCAACUAACCCGGACGGAGAGCGAACCUAUCAGUACUGGCCCUUUUCCACGAGUGACCUGUACAAUUGGAAGACCCAAAACCCUCCUUUCUCAGAGAAACCCCAAGGCCUCAUUGACCUCUUAGAUUCCAUUUUGUUCACUCAUAAUCCCACCUGGGAUGAUUGUCAGCAGCUGUUGCAGGUGCUCUUCACCACGGAAGAACGGGAGAGAAUUCUGGCAGAGGCGCCGAAACGGGUCCCAGGGGUCGACGGGAGGCCAACCACCCAGCCUCAUCUUGUGGAGGAGGGGUUUCCCCUGUUGCGGCCUAACUGGGAUUUUGAGCGGGUGGAAGGGAUAAAGGCCGGAACAGAAUUGAGGGAACCUCGAGACCCCCGGACGGGAGAAAAAGAAAAACCAAAAAGGCAGGCCCUAAAGAAGGAUCAGUGCGCCUACUGCAAAGAACAGGGGCACUGGAAAAACGAGUGCCCGAAGAGGGACUCAAGGAGAGGAAUGACCCAGAGAGAGAAAAUCCCCCCUGGAACUCGAGUUCUAUAUGCGGGGGAAGACAGUGACUAGGGGAGUCGAGACUCGGCACCCCUCCCCGAGUCCUGGGUAGCCAUACAUGUGAGGGGAAACCCGUUGGCUUCAUGGUAGAUACUGGCGCCCAACACUCUGUUUUAAAUAAAAAACUGGGACCAAUGUCUAAGAAAACCAGCUUAGUGCAAGGAGCCACGGGGACAAAAAGAUAUUGUUGGACCACAGAAUGGAAAGUAAAUCUGGGGACCCACCAGGUGUCCCAUUCGUUUUUGGUGAUACCAGAAUGCCCAGCCCCUCUAAUUGGAAGAGACUUGUUGACUAAAGUUAAUGCUCAGAUCCAUUUUGACCCCGGGAGAAUGUCAGUCACGGAUGGACUUGGACAACCGAUACAUGUCUUGUCCCUAGCCUUAAGAGAUGAAUACAGACAUUUUGCGCCUAAGCCCUCAGAGACCAUAGCACUAGAUGUACAACCAUGGGUCCAUAAAUAUCCAUUGGCCUGGGCAGAAACAGCAGGAAUGGGACUAGCCAAACAGAGACAUCCGGUCGUCAUCGAGCUAAAGGCCGAGGCAUUUCCUGUGAGGGUGAGACAGUACCUAUGAGCCAAGAAGCUCGGCGGGGGAUCACUCCCAACAUUCGACGGCUCAUGGAGGCUGGAAUUCUCAGGCGAUGCCAAUCCCCACACCCCCUUACUGCCGGUGAAGAAACCAGGGUGGACAGAUUACAGACCUGUCCAAGACCUGCGAGAAGUCAACAAACGGCUACAGCCCUCCUCGUCCGCGACGCUGACAAGUUGACUUAUGGACAGCAACUCUCGGUUUACACCCCCCACGCCGUAGAAGGGGUUUUAAAGCAGCCGCCGGGUAAGUGGAUCUCCAAUGCCCGCUUGACACACUACCAGGCCUUGCUGCUCGAUGCCCCACGGGUGCGUUUUCAGACCCCUUGCUUCCUAAAUCCGGCCACGCUCCUACCCAACCCAGAGAAGGACAGCCCUCUCCAUGAUUGCAGUGAGAUACUGGUUGAGGCCCUGGCAGCACAAAAAGACUUAACUGAUGUACCCCUAAGCAACAGGGAGCUAGUAUGGUUCACCGAUGGGAGCAGUUAUGUAAAAGAUGGGCAAAGGAAGGCGGGAGCCGCCAUAGUUGAUGAUUCAGGGCAGACGAUAUGGGCUGAGACACUACCCCCAAACACUUCUGCACAAAAAGCAGAAUUGAUUGCCCUAACACAGGCUCUGGAGCAAGCCAAAGGGAAGAGAGUCACCAUUUUCACUGACAGCCGAUAUGCUUUCAGCACUGCCCAUAUGCAAGGUCCCAUAUACCAAGAAAGGGGAUUUCGGACAGCUGAGGGAAAAGAGGUCAAAAUUCUGCCUGAGAUUCGCAGGAUCUUGGAAGCUGUCCAACUACCCCAGGCAGUAGCUAUAGUACAUGUCCCCGGUCACCAGAAAGGAGAAGACCCUAAGGCGCGGGGCAAUCGUGCUGCUGAUGCGGCCGCUCGAGAAGCGGCUAGCCGGGACUAUGCUGCCCUCAUAUUAGCCGUGGGACUUCCACCUCCUUGUAUGGGGACCUUGCCACCAGUUCCCGAAUAUUCCCUCCCUGAUCUCGCCUGGAUCAACAAGGAUACCACCCUCCAGAAAGAUGACCAAGAUGGAUGGUACCGAGACCAAAUCAACAACCUGAUCUUGCCUGCCACCCUGGGUCGUCACCUGUGUGAACACCUGCACACAACUACACACUUGGGAGAAAAAAAGAACCUAACACUUCUCCAGACGGCCUGCCUGAGGUUCCCUCGAAAAAAUGCCACUGUACGAGAGAUAAUUCAAGCCUGCGAAGCGUGCCAGCUGAUGAGGGCAGAGAAGAAGCAGCACUCGGGAACGAGGUACCGAGGGGAAAAGCCAAGGCAACAUUGGGAGAUAGAUUUCACUGAGGUAAGGCCAGGCAAGUAUGGGUACCGCUAUCUGUUGGUUCUGGUAGAUACCUUCUCGGGGUGGGUGGAAGCUUUCCCCACUAAGGGAGAGACAGCAAUAGUGGUUGCUAAAAUGAUCUUAGAGGAGAUAGGGCCUAGGUAUGGGCUGCCAGUGACUAUGGGCUCUGAUAAUGGACCUGCCUUUGUGAGCCAGAUUGUACAAGGGCUGGCCCAAGCUCUGGGGACGAAAUGGAAGUUACAUUGCGAAUAUAAUCCCCAGAGCUCAGGACAGGUUGAGAGAAUGAAUCGGACCCUAAAAGAAACUUUGACAAAGUUGGCAAUAGAGACUGCCGGGGACUGGGUGACCCUCCUCCCCUUUGCACUCUUUCGGGCAUGUAACACCCCUUAUAAGCUGAAUCUUACUCCUUUUGAGAUUCUGUAUGGAAGACCCCCUCCUGUGUAUCCUAUUUUCGAAGGAAAAUGUCUGCCACCCCCUACUUUGGGACAAUUCCAGCAAACUCUGAUAGCAUUAAGUAAGAUGCAUAACCAUGUUUGGAAAUUGAUUCGAGAGAUACAUGAGGGCCAAAACAAGAGGGCCCUCCCCUCACAUAAUAUUGGCCCAGGUGAUUGGGUUUGGGUAAAACGACACCAAUCUAAAGUAUUAGAACCUAGAUGGAAACGCCCUUAUGUUGUUCUUCUUACCACUCCUACCGCUGUCAAGGUCGACAGGAUUGGACCCUGGGUUUACUGCAAUCACGUGCGGCAAGCCACAUCGGAAGAACAGGAAAAAGCGCGAGCAGAAUGGAAGGCGAGUCCUCACCCGUCAAAUCCUUUGAAACUGAAACUCGUCUGCCGGGAGGCCUCCUAAUUCUCCUGCUGAUGGCAGCUCUCAUCGACCCAGGAGCGACCAGUCAUAACCCCCAUCAACCUGCUAAGAUCACAUGGAAACUCAACGAAGGGCAAACUCAUGAGCUGCUCAAUGAGACCUCAGGAAUCCACCCUCCAAACACCUGGUGGCCGGACCUGAACUUCGACCUCUCAAGCCUCUUGACAAAGCAGGACGGUCUCUAUGAUAAGUACUAUAGGGAUGGGAUAAAAAACCAUAGGUUGGGGUUUUGGGCUUGCCCGGGCUAUGUAAGAAAUAACUGGAAAACCUGUGGUGGCAUAGAAAACUAUUAUUGCAGGAGCUGGAGUUGUGUGACCUCUUGUGAUGGACCCCAGAGGUGGGAUGUCGGAAACAGAGAUCUAGUUAGCUUCACCUUCAAGGACCGUAGACACCAGGGGCCUCAGGUACGAGUACAAUUUAACCAGGAACGGGCGAAGAAAGAAAACCGCUGGACCUCAGGACUGACUUGGGGUUUUCAGCUUCACGUAAAUUGGCCCGGCCCCUACCCAGGCGAGCUUUUAAUCAUUAAACAGGUUAUUGAGCCGGUGCAGGUACAUAGUUUAGGUCCCAAACUGGUCAAAGCAUUACAGGGGCAUAAGGCGACCCCCAAGCCAACCACCUUCAGACCAAGCUUGCCGGGAACAUUUAAUAUCUCCUCUACCCCGAGCCUCAGAGGCAAACUCACAGAAACGCCUGGCCCUCUGGCUGUUACCAUUAGCUCAGCAAUUCAGGACCCCCUAUGGGCCUUAGUGAAUGCAGCCUUUACGGUCUUAAACCAUACCAACCCUAAUGCGACCCAGUCCUGUUGGCUUUGUUAUAAUCUUCACCCACCCUUCUAUGAGGCCAUAGGCCUCAAUGUCUCUUACCACUUAUCUUCAGGCCAGAACCCACCCCCAUGCCGAUGGGAAGAACGCAAGGUUGGCCUCACAAUGAAUGAAGUCUGGGGACAGGGACUCUGUUUGGGCACAGUGCCACGUGAUAAAACUUCCCUCUGUGCCCGGACUAUUAGUAACCUAUGCUUACACGGCAAACAUUGGAUUGUGCCAGAGGUUGGGGGUUGGUGGAUUUGUUCACAUACUGGGCUAACCCCAUGUUUACAUUGUGAAGAUUUUUAACCAGAGUCAAGAAUUCUGUCCUGGUUGCUGUAAUGCCAAAAAUCUUAUACCACUCUGAAGAGGUUAUGUACUCACAUUGGGACCGGGAAUUGCUAAGACAAAAGAGAGAGCCAAUCAGUGCGAUCACCAUGGCAGCCUUGUUCAGUCUUGGGCUGGCAGGAGCAGGGACAGGAAUAGCUUCACUAUCUCUGCAAGGCCAAGGGUUUUCCUCCCUACGAGCCGCCAUAGAUGAAGAUAUAACUCGCACAGAAGAAUCAAUCAGCCACUUAGAGAAGUCUCUGACUCCCUUGUCUGAGGUGGUCUUGCAGAAUAGGAGAGGAUUAGACUUGAUUUUUCUCCAACACGGUGGGGUCUGCGCGGCUCUGGGAGAAGAAUGUUGUUUCUAUGCAGACCACACAGGAGUGGUAAGAGAAUCUAUGGCAAAAGUAAGAGAAGGGCUGGCGCAAUGAAAGAGGGAACGGGAGGCCCAACAGGGAUGGUUUGAGUCUUGGUUUCAACGCUCCCCCUGGCUGACCACCUUAGUUUCCACCCUCCUGGGCCCGCUUAUAGUGCUAUUAUUAACACUUACAUUUGGCCCUUGUAUUUUAAACCGGCUAAUGUCAUUUAUUAAAGAACGUCUAAAUACCAUUCAGAUUAUGGUAUUGAGGCAGCAAUAUCAGAUGGUAGCCCAGGAUGAAGAGAAAGAUUCCUCUACAGGAACAACAAGACAGGGCGGAAUGUGAGGCUGCCAGGGUUAAUACCGUGACGGGCGGCCUGGACCUAAGUUUUAGCUUCCCCCGAAAUGGUAAGAUUCCCUACCCCCAUCAGGUAACCUGGAGCCAGCCAAUCAAUAUGCGCCCAGUAAGAACAAAGGGAGAGCUGAAAAGCCCGUGAACGCCCAGGUUUGAAAAAAGCCCGCGAAAAUCUGUACCAAUAGAAUUGCCUUGCAAACAUGUAACCAAUCCGCUUAAGCCAGCUACUAACCGCUUUUGCAUAUCUUAUAAAUUUGUGUAACAAUCUUGAGCUCAGCGCUUUCUAACCCUGCACCACUGUGAUGUUUGUGGCAGAAAGCCCUGGCUCGAGACAGUAAUAAACUUCCCUUUUUUGCGA